UAUAGCUAUUUUUCUUCUCAGUUAUCAUCUGAAUUUGCUUUCUAUGGCUGAUGGAUUCUGCAGCAAACAUUACAGUGUUUACAUCUGGGGACUUGAGAGCAUGCACCAAUGACUUUCACCAGAACAACUUGAUUGGAUUUACCCAGUUCGGUAAAUUAUAUCGAGGAUGGAUUAGGCAAGGAUUUACUGGAACAGAUCAAGUUCGAGAUGUUACAGUAAAAGUAUGGGAUGAAAAAUCAGCUGGCUGCAGUAAACUCAUGCAUGAUGAGUUUCUGGUGGUUAAGGUAAGUUGUAAAAGUUUAAGCCUUUUGGGUUUUGGAGGGUUUACCCAACUGAUGAUUUGGCUUUUGCUGCAGGAAGAAGUCGAAUUUUUGACACAUCCCACUUUAAAUGAUUAUCCAAACUUGGUGAAAUUGAUUGGUUACUGCUGUGAAAAGGAAGUGAAAGGUGUUGUUUAUGACCUCAAUCCAUGGGACACACUGCAAAAUUUGACUGUCAAAGAUUAUCUCAACUGGGUUCAGAGGGUGAAUGUGCUUGUGCAAUUAGCAGGCCUGCUUGAAUUUCUACACAACAAGGAGAAGCCAUAUUUGGUGCUAAAUAUGAAUGCAUCUCAUAUAAUUCUGGAUCGGGAUUGCAAGCCAAAAUUAUUUGAUUUUGGACUCAUCAGUGGAGGAAUCAUUGGUGACAUGACUACACCAAAAAAGCAGAUACCAACGUCCAUCGGCUUUGUUGACCCAUUUUUCGCUGCAAAAGGGGGUAGGUAUUGGCAUACAAGCUGUGAUGUGUACUCAUUUGGCGUGAUUCUCUUGGGCCUAAUAGCCAAGAGAGGGUUUGAGCUAGAGAGUGUGGAAGAACCCCAGUUGGGCCUGGACAAUUUAGUCCAGUACUGGGCCAAGAAGGAAUAUAAGCCCAAUUGCUCACUUGUCCACAGAGGCUUACAGGAAGACUGGAGUUAUGUUGUUGAAGAUGGUACGGCAAUUACAGAGCUGGGGAUGCGUUGUGUUGAAUUUUUCCCGACAAACCGUCCGACAAUGAAGAACGUUGUUGAAAGUCUUGAAGGUUUAAUGCUUUUGCAACGGUUUGGUGAUGCUAGACCUAACAAAAGGGAGAAGACAUUUCAUGGCAUGUAGGCAUUAGGCAACCAAUGCAGGAUGCAGAUGACAGUAUGUAGCAAUUAGGUUGUAACCUCCUUCACCUUCUAGUUUUUCCUCAUUCAAUUUGGAUAUAGUAUGUAGUUGAGUUCAAAAGAGUAUUAUAGUAUGAGUAACGCUAUGAUAUUAUUAGUGGUGCGUUUAAGAAUUUUUCCUAUCGUGAGCAAGACGAAGCUCGCACACCACUUUGACUUGUUGUCAUUGACUAUCUGUCAUGUCUUAAGCCUUGUUGAGACAUUUUGUUAAGCAUCUUGCCUUUGUUGCGUCAUGCUCAUGAAGAACAUCAAAGAAACAUUGGACGGUUUCAUAGGUAA